UGCUUUCCCUGCAGCCCCCCAUGCCUGCAGCAGGCCCUGUUUUCUGGUCUCCUUGGUGACAAUCUCAUCGCUCCUCGGCUUCUCUCCAGCACCUGAAAAUAGCCACCGAAAGUGGAGAUGCCUGCUGCCAGCACCGCCGCCGUGGCCAGGCUGGAGCCAGGCUGACCCGCUCAGGGCUGGACGCUUACAUCUGCAGGCCAGUAUCACACGGUAGUGAGGCAGCCUGGGGGAACCCUUGUGUCACCUCAACGCCACUGGCUCGUGCCCAGCCCUGAGCCUCCUUUCUCUUACAUCCUCUGUUUCUUCCUGUCUUUGGGUAAUGCCUUUGCUAUAGCUCUUGGUGUAGUUCUUUUUGCUCCUCGCAACCCGUACAACGUGCAUGGGGAUUUUGCGGCCGCCCCUGCAUCCCAUGGGUAUUUUGGGAAGCUGUCGACUGUGAUUUAAAAUCAUCUGCCUGGCACCCGUGUGGGGGCCCGUGGCCCUGCUCCCUGCUUUGACCAGCGUCUAGCUGUCCCCUGGGGUGAGUUGGAGCCUCCCUGUUCUUAUGGCCGGCCAUGGGUCUGCUCGCCCACGGCCGCUCUGGGGCUGGCCCGGCAGUGGGCCAGGGCGAUAUUUGAACCUUCCUGAAAUAGAAACGGAGCUGGGAGCAAGCAUGGGGUGGGAGGGGGUGGCCCAGUGGGGUAAGGGAAGAGGGCUGGGGACAUGAGAUCUGGGGGCUGAGAAGAGGCUGGAUGGCAGCAGCACCCCAGGAUGGGCCGUGGCAUGGGGACAGAGCGCCCAGCUAAGCUGUCCCUGUGUCCCACGUUGUGCUGGCUGUCACUGGGGCCGCUUAUCCAACAUCCUGCAGUACGUGUGGUGCUGUACCACUGCUCCUGCUGCAGCAGCCACAUCCUGGUGGUGUUGGGUCGUGCUCUGGGUAAAAAAGUUGGGGGGCUGGGGAUAGCUUUUCCUCCUUUGGCUAUCCAUCCAUCCCCUGUGUCCCCAGGUGCAGCAGGUGCUGCAGACUGAGAUGAUGGGGUGACGCUAUGGGUGCUGCCUGGUGGCAGUGCCCCCCCCCCCGCCGUUGGAGGGGGCAUGGCUGGCAUUGCUGAGUGACACCCUAUCUGCCAGGCCCCGGCCAGCCGCGGGCCCAGAAUAGCAGCGCUGCCCUGCAGUCAGCAUGGAGCAACUCUCCAGCCCUGCCGCUCCCCAGAUGGUGCUGCUGGAUGCUGCUGCCCGCCCCAUGGAGGAAGGUGUGCCCACAGGGUUCUCAGAGGCACUACAUCCCAGGGGAAAAGAGGAGGAGGAGGAGGAAAAGCAGAAGGGCUCUGGGCCCAUCACUUUCACGCUGGGCAAUGAGAUCCUGGGGCUGGAACCUGACAACAAUUUCCAGAGCCCUGACGCUGAGGUCUACAUGCACUUCAUGAGGAGUCACUGCUGCUAUGACGCUGUUCCCACCAGCUGCAAGCUUGUUGUCUUUGACACCACACUGGAGAUCAAGAAAGCUUUUGUGGCACUGGUGGCCAACGGGGUGCGGGCAGCCCCACUGUGGGACAGCAAGAUGCAGGCCUUUGUGGGUGAGUUCCUGGGCAGCCAGGGCAACAGAGGGAUUGCUAUGGGAUGUGGGCAGAGUGGGCAGCCCCAUGUCUCUGCAGGGAUGCUCACCAUCACUGACUUCAUCAACAUCCUGCACCGCUACUACCGCUCGCCCCUGGUCCAGAUCUACGAGGUGGAGGAGCACAAGAUUGAGACGUGGAGAGAGGUGUACUUGCAGGGCUCCUUCAAGCCGCUUGUCUACAUCUCCCCAAGCGAUAGCCUCUUCGAUGCCGUCUACUCCUUGAUCAAGCACAAGAUCCAUCGCCUGCCAGUCAUUGAGCCCAUCUCAGGCAACGUCCUGCACAUCCUCACCCACAAGCGCAUCCUCAAGUUCCUCCACAUCUUCGGCUCCACCAUCCCCAAGCCGCGCUUCCUAAAGAAAACAGUGCAGGAGCUGUGUGUCGGCACCUUCCGUGAUGUGGCUGUCAUACCUGAGAAUGCUCCUGUGUAUGCUGCUCUGGAGAUAUUUGUGGACCGCCGUGUCUCUGCGCUGCCCGUUGUUAAUGCUGCAGGUCAAGUGGUUGGGCUCUACUCCAGGUUUGAUGUCAUUCACCUGGCAGCACAGAAGACCUACAACAACCUGGACAUCAGCGUGCGGGAGGCGCUGCGGCAGCGCACUGUGUGCCUGGAGGGCGUCCUCACCUGCUACCCCCACGAAACCAUGGAGGACAUCAUUGACCGCAUCACCGAGGAGCAGGUCCAUCGCCUGGUUCUGGUGGACGAGCACCGGUACCCGCGGGGCAUCGUCUCCCUCUCUGACAUCCUCCAGGCCCUGGUGCUCACUCCCGCAGGUAUCGAUGCUCUUAACUCUUAGCCCACGACGCUCCAUCUUUCUCCAUUCGCACCCUCCAUUUCUCUCCACUUCAGGUAGGCGCUGCCCCUCUGCCACUGCAGAGCUGGCCAGGGAGGGGGGAUCUGGGAGCACUGGGGGUGCCCAGGUGGUGACACAAGGUGAUGGCUGUCCCAGGGUCUCUAGGUGGGAUGCAGGUUGCACAGUUCUUAGGGCUGGGUGAUGGUUUUGGGGACAUGAUGCAGCCCAAGACAAAACUUAACCUUUUGGCAUCACUUCCUGGUCUUCAUGUCCACCUGGUCCCCAACAGUGCCCCGUGCAUAAGGUGUCAGGGCUGCAUUAAGCAGGCAUGGGACCUGCACGAUGCCCACAUGGGUGGCAGUGCCAGGGGGAGACCAGCAGUAUAUCUCCCUCCAGACCAACCCCAUCUCCUUCACCAGUACUUGUACACGAGUCUGGGAUGAAGGUUGUCCCUGUGCUCUGUGUCCCGCAGCUGCAGGGCAGGAUGCAGUGCUAUGCUGCAGGGUGCCCAGCCCCGUGUGGUGCCCACAGGGGGAUUAUGGCCUCACACACUCUCUUGCCCUGCAGGCAUUGAUCGACACUCGCUCUGAGGACACCAGGGAAGUGCCACAGGCUCAUCCAACGCGGGGCCUCUUGCUCGGGUACCGCAGGGCCGUGGAAGGAGGCUGGGGGCCCAUGGGCUCUCCGUGGGGUGGGGCUGCCCACCUACCCUGGCCCUGGGAUUCACUCUGAGCCUGGGGCCAACUCCUGCCAACCUUGGGAGGAACAGAGCGGGGGAAAAAGGGUCCAAGCGUGCCUCCAGACUGCGAGCACACAGGGAUGCUCAGUAGGCACCGUGCCACCAGGAGCUGUGCAGCUGGACACAGGAACACCUGCAUGGCCCUGGGGGACCUGCAACAUCCCCCCCUCCCAGCGACUGCUGUCCCCUCCUGCUGUGAGACCCCAGUGCUUCAGGUCCCACUGGUUGUGCCGGGUGCCUGGGAGGAGCGCAUGGCUCAGCUGCACGCACAGGCUUGUUUUUUGUAGGGUCUCUAGGGCUGAGUGCUCUGGUAGAGGUGCUCACAGGGGGACCCUGUACACUGAUAGGGGGAUGGGGGGUAAUUUAUUUAUUUGCCAGUCUCUUCAGCCUUGCUGGAAUAAAGCAGCCUACCCUAGGCACUGUGUUGUGGCCUUUCUGGGCAUGCA